AUGGAUUUCUUCAGAAAUUUAAAUCAACAAUUAAUUGAAACAACUAAUAAAAUCGGGGAAGAUAUUGAGAAGGCAGUUAAUGGUAAUGUUAUUAGAAUUAGAGAACAAGUAUCAUCGGAUCGUAAUAGAUUUAAAGAAAAUGGAUUUAAUUUAGAUUUAUCAUAUAUCACCCCAAGAAUUAUUGCAAUGGGUUAUCCAGGUCAAGAUACACAAUUUUAUAGAAACUCAAGAAUGGAUGUUAGAAGGUUUUUAAAUACAUAUCACCCAAAUUCAUAUUUGAUUAUAAAUUUAACAGAGAAACCAUAUGAUCAUAGCUUUUUCGACAAUAGAGUUCAACAUAUUGGCUGGAAUGAUAACGAAGCACCAUCUUUAGGUUUAUUAUUAUAUGCUGUUCAAGCUAUUCACAGUUGGUUGAGCCAAAAUGAAACCAAUGUAGUUGCAAUUCACUGUUUAGCAGGUAAAGGUCGUACUGGUACAUUAAUUGCUGCUUAUUUGUUAACUACCCUCAUGUAUGAAGGUAAACCCGAGGAAGCAUUACAACUUUUUGCACGUCAAAGAUCACAAAUAAAUCAAGGUGUUUCAGUACCAAGUCAAUUAAGAUAUAUUUAUUAUGUUAACCAAUUAGUAACAUCUCAAAAAAAUGUCGAUGUAGUUCAAAAUCCAACUAAAUUAAGAUUAAAUUCAAUUAUGAUUAAACCAUCACCAACAGUUUCUGCUAAAGGUGGACCAUGGAAACCAACCAUUGAAAUCUUUAGUAUCACAAGACCAUUGGAUCAAAAACUCCUAUUUUCAACAAAAAAUUUAGAUACUCCAUUUGGCAAUCAAAAUGAUAGAUUCUGUAGAGUAUCUGGUGACGUUGUUAUGAUUGAUACCCAAAGUUUGUUAAUCGAAGGUGAUGUUUUAGUAAAGAUUUAUCAUGGCUUCAGCGAUAUACUUUCAAAAGAGAUUUUUAAUGUUUUAUUAGAUAAACCAUCUUUGAAAAUAGCAUUCCACACUUCAUUCAUUGAUAACUAUUGUUUAGAUUUAAACAAAUCAAUGAUCGACGAAAAAGAUGGCCAUAUUAAAUCUCAAAAUUUUUCUGAUAAUUUUACAAUUAGAUUUUUAUUUUCACCAGCUGACCAACAACCUGUAGCUCCACCACAGCCACAACCACAACCACAAGAAUCAUACCAAUAUCAACAACCUUUUUACCCACAACAACCAGUAGCCCCACAACCACAACAAUAUCAUUACCAACCACAACAACAACAACAACAAUACCAACCACAACAACCAACUGAACAACCAUUACAACCAUCACAACAAAAUUAA